CUAUGGUAACGUAGUCAUGUUUAUGACAUGGGUCUGUUUGAGAAAGCACUGUAUUUAUAGGACAGAUAUUUCUUUCUCCAAACUUAUUCAGAAAACAACACCAGAACUGAGACACAGAGAAGUGCAAAAUCUUUCUUUACUGUUGUCAUGACUGAGGUUUCAUCCCCUAUGAUGUUGAACAGAAUGGUCCAGAUUGCGAAGACGCUGGUCCUUCUCUGCAUGCUGAUUGGAUGCUCACAGGCUUUUCCGUCCCAUCAUGUAUUUACUGAAGAUGCAGUGCUGAAAGUAGCUGAAGAUCCAGGCAGGACAGACAGAGAAAGAAGAGAUACUAUAUCCCGUGUCAGUGAUACUACUCCACCAGUGUGCCGUGUGGUAAACGAGAGUUUACAGUGUCCUUUAUCAUGUGGAAAUGCAACAUGGGAAGUGACAUACAUCAUGACAGAUAUCAAUGGUUCAGGCAUUGAUUACCCCUCUUUUAUUACCACUGGCUCAGGUGAAAUCAAUAUUACCCUUGAUACAACUCUAGAUGAAAAUGGCUACAAUGCAACCCUUGUGACUUAUACUGGCUCCUGCUGCUUUACUGAGGUGGAGAUUAUUGUGCUGGACAAAGCGGGGAACAGGGGGAAGUGUCCCUUUAGCAUACAACAUCCCUCCACCACAAUCAAGCCAAUGACUGUCAAACCCACGUCCAGUAGCCCCACCACAACCCUCUCUCUUUGGUCAAGUAUAAUACUAGUAGCACUUAAAUCGAUGCUGCUCUAAGAUAGACAUUCACUUUACAUACACUUACUUUAACCUGUACACUUUCAAUUCAAAUAAUACACUUGAUGAUUUUUAUAUAGUUUUAUUUUAACUGUCAGUGUGAAGCUUGAACAAAAACUACCCCCACACAUGAAAGUCAAAUUACACACGUGUACAUUUAUUACUAGACUAAGGAACUUGGUGACAAUAUUAAGUGAAUGGUAUGGUAUAUGAAAAUGUGACUACUGAUUAUUUUAUUUCAUCCAUUGUAUGUGAUUUCAUUUUAUUUGCUUCAUAUAAAUACUGCAAAUGUUAAUGUACUUGUUAGUGUAACUGUAUUUUUAAUUAUUCUAACCUUUUAUGUUACUUUAUAGCAUGUCAAAUAACUUCAAAACUCUCAGAGAGAGUUUUACUAUUUCAUUUUCCAUUAAAGUAAGUCCUUGUUUUCUGUCCUUUAAGUCCCCCUAGUGGAAAAUUCACAAAAAAUCCCCCGUUUACAACAUUCCACAUUCCAAUUCUCCUCAGAAUUCAGUUUGGCCACGUACACACUAAUCCAUUUCCAAAUGUCAUCAUUUUCCAAAGUAUGUGGUAAUGGAGAGCAUUUUCUAGUGUGCAUAAGACGUGCAAACGUAAUCAAAAUAGCUUUUGGUGACUUUAAAGUAUUAGCAAAUGAGCAAGGUGCUAUGCAUGACAUGUUGUUAAAGUAACAGCUUUGACUGUAGUAACCAUGAGUUUUGAAACCAUGGUUCUGGUCAGAGGUGGAAAGUAACGAAUUACAACUACUCUCGUUACAGUACUUGAGUACAUUUUUCACAUUUUUCAACUUUUUUUUUAAUUAUAAAUAAAUAAAAGUACUUUUACUUGAGUUGAUUACAAAUGAAGUAUUCAACUUCGCUACAAUUAUUUUGCACCACAAUUACAAAGUACAAAAAAAUAUAUAAUAUUUCAGAAUUUUUGGGAUGAAGAAAGUUAUAAGUGCUCAAUCUUUUUAUAAACUAAAACAACGAACGCCAGCAGGGCAAGGCAUCAUGAGCACAGCAGCAGCUUGCAUAAACUGCCGCCGGUGUCCUCUCUUCUCUAGCUUCUCCAAGACUUUCUGCCCUGUCACUAAACAAGAACUGUAAUACUGUGAUUUUCUGCAUAUUUCAUUUUAUUCUGGAAAGGAACCGUUCAAUCAGGUGCGAGGGAACUGUCUGAACAUGUUUAACCACUGAUCAAACUUCACUUGUUUUUAAGGGAUGGAUGUUUUAUAAAGAAGGUAUGAGGAAUCACAAAACAUAAUGUAACCAAAUGCUACAGUUUACUUAAUAAUAAUAUCUCAGUAUGUUAAAUAA